CAUUUGACACCAAUAAUGCAUUUUACCAGCUAUAUGAAUUCGUUUUCUACAGUUGACUCUAUUACCACUGCACUCUUACGAAAUAAUGACACAUUUUAUUAAAUGUGUUUGGGUCCGGGAAGCGCUUGAGAAAUGCAACAGGUUUGGCAGGUGUAGCGAUACUUAGCAAGUAGGCUAUCUUACCUGCACCAGGUGUGGGAGGCUUAUAGCCCAGCAAUAAGUUGACGCGUCACCUCAAGCGAGUCCUGUCCAUUCUUGAGAACAUGAACAAUCCCAUUCCAUCAAACUUGAAGUCGGAGGCAAAGAAGGCUGCCAAAAUCCUGCGGGAAUUCACAGUAAUAUCCAACAGAACUGGACCUGAUAAACUCAUCCCAGCCCAUAUAAUUGCGACAGCCCAGGGGCUUGCCAUUAUAUCGGUCAUCCGCGCUGGUUUCAUGAUCACUGCCCGGGGAGGCAGUGGGAUUGUAAUUGCAAGGCUCCCAGAUGGACGGUGGUCAGCUCCCUCUGCCAUUGGCAUUGCUGGUCUUGGAGGAGGAUUUGAAAUUGGUUUGGAGGCGUCUGACUUCGUCAUCAUUCUGUACCAGAAGAGAGCGGUGGAAGCCUUCAGUAAAGGAGGGAAUCUGACUUUUGGUGGCAACUGCACUGUGGCGGUGGGGCCCCUUGGCAGGAACCUGGAGGCAGACGUGGCGUUGCGCAGCACGGCUGCGGUCUUCUCCUACUGCAAGUCCCGGGGCCUCUACGCUGGGGUGUCGCUGGAGGGCUCAUACCUAGUAGAGCGCAAGGAGACCAAUAGGAAGUUCUACGGACGUGAUAUCCGGGCCUCUGCCAUCCUGAAUGGAGACGUGGAUCCUCCAUCAGACGUUUUCGACCUGUACACCAUACUGGAUGAUUACGUGGAGAAGUACACCAACGACUGGCAGAGCAGGCAUGCACGACUGCCCUCCAGCAGGGCCUCUAACAUUGUGAUGAGUGGGCCUCCAGCGAGACCUCGGCCUCCCAGUCAGAAGCCGUCAGCCAGCUCCGGAGCGAGCUACAGUGGCCGGGCCGAAGAUUCAAAGCCUGCCAUUUACCCCAGCCUAUCCGUUCUGAGGAGAGACAGUGCACCAGGUCCUGCAUCGAGUGGAACCUUGGUCGUCACAGCCACGCAUGCCUUUGAUGGUCAGCAGCCCGGGGACCUAAGCUUCAACGUUGGGGACCGAAUCACGGUACUCCAGAAGACCGAGUCCCAAUACGACUGGUGGGAAGGCCAGCUGAGAGGGAAGGUGGGGAUCUUCCCGGCUAACUUUGUCACCUACAACUGAGGAACCGUACAAAAGGGGAUCUUCCAUUUGCUGACGAAUGCUUUUGGUUGGUUAUGCUUUGUUUGUAUGUUAACACUGGUUCCUAGGACUAGUUCCUAAGCACUGGUUCCUAAGGACUUGGUAGAACCAACCCGCACACUCAGAGUGACAUGAACAAGGGGAAACGUUUAGUGUACAGAUGCAUUUAGGAAAUUGCCACUAUAUAUUAUUAAAGGAUUGGCACUAUAUAACCAAAAUGUGUCCUUUGAUUGACAUAUCUAAAGAAGAUUUUCAAGGUUUGAAGGACAGAGCAUCGGUUCAUCUCUUAAUGAUAUGAUUUGUGUAUGCUUUAUCUUUAAGGGGAUUGGUGUUGUAUGCACUUUAUCUUAGCAUUGGCUUUAAUAGGAAUGCUCCAUACUACAGUAUAUGGAGCGUUAUAUCCUCAGGCUCAGUUGUUUUAAUGUGUUGUUGUCUGACUUGUCUGUUGUUUUUAUGUGUUGUUGUCUGACUUGUCCUGCUGUUGUUACCACAGACACAGGCCUGAUCCAGGUUUUUUAUGUCUCAAAACAAAAUCCUGUGUUUGGUCUUAUUGGUGUAACAAGAUCAUGACAAACUUCUGUACUGGGUAGGCUGAUUUUAUAAAAUUACAAAAAAGAAGCCUUCAUUGAUAUAAGAAAAAAGUUUACUUGUUUUAUAGGUCACAUUCAAUUGUUAUUAUUUUAUAAACUAAUGAUGUUAAAUGAGUAGAGGAAUUGUAAAAGAAAACAGGCAGUACAGAUACUACAAUUAAUUGGAAUACUAGCAUAAACUAUAAUAUCAGUUAAAACUGAUAAAACAAAAACAUCAAGAUGAAAAUAAUUCUAUGUAACUAUGCAGUACAAAGAGGCUUUACAAACAGGUAGACUAUGAUGUUACAACCUCCUUGACACACACAUUGUAUUCACUGAUAUAUACCUUUUAUCAUUCAAAUUGUGCCAAAUCUGUUAGAGAUCAUGUGUAUGAUCCUGCAAUUCUUGCAUAUAUCUUGAAGGCAUUGUGAUAUGUUUAUUUUAUACAAUCUACAGAUUUAUGGUAAUUUUUUGAAUAUAUAUGAUAAUAAAAUUCUGUGUGAUUAA